AUGAAUUGCCAUCAACCAUAUGACAUGGAGAACACUGAAGAGGACCCCUGCCAGACUAAGUCUUGGGAGAAACCACCAAAGUCUGAACGAGACAUUAGAGAGUGGCUGCGGCGCUGGGCGGCAGUGGGUGGAGGCAAAGCUGGAAAGGAUAGUGGGAAGGCCAAGGCCAAGGCAGUGUCUCGCUCACAAAGAGCUGCACUACAGCUUCCUGUGGGCCGCAUCCACAGACACUUGAAGACUCGCACCACAAGCCAUGGACCGGUGGGUGCCACUGCUGCCGUGUGUGGUGCUGUGAUUCUGGAGUACCUCACUGCUGAGGAGCUGGAGCUGGCAGGUAAUGCUUCCAAGGAUCUUAAAGUAAAGCACAUCACUCCACGUCACUUGCAGCUUGCAAUUCAUGGUGAUGAAGAGUUGGAUUCUCUUAUCAAGGCUACCAUAGUUGGGGGUGGUGUGAUUCCUCAUAUCCACAAAUCUCUGAUUGGAAAGAAGGGACAGCAGAAAACUGCUUAGAGGGUUGUUUUCACUAUCCCUCUUCCUCCCCGUCAUUGUACUGUAACUGAGACAGAAGAUAACAAUGGGGAUAUGUGGAAUUUUUAAAAACAGUUAAAUGGAAAG